GGAGACUCUUGGUAUUGCUCUGUCCCAGGGCUUCCCUGGUUCCUGCUGAAUGUAAAGAGGCCUUUCCCCUGGCACUGGAGACAUUUCCGAGGCAGGCACCUGUCAUCUGCCACCCCCGUUCUUCUCGAGCUCCUUCUCUCCCCCUCCCCCAGCCCAUUAUUCUGCUCCAGCCUUUUGUGUCGGCGGCAGAGGGCUGAAGGGAUGUCUUUGCCCUCCCUGCAGGUGGGUGUCAGGAUGGGCCGCGCGGUGAGAAGCUGAUGCUAUCAAGCGAGGUGUGAAGAGUUGGCCAGAAUGACCAACUCCUCCUCCACGUCCACCUCCUCCACCACCGGGGGAUCGCUGCUGCUGCUCUGCGAGGAAGAGGAGUCGUGGGCGGGCCGGCGCAUCCCCGUGUCCCUUCUGUACUCGGGCCUGGCCAUCGGGGGCACGCUGGCCAACGGCAUGGUCAUCUAUCUCGUGUCGUCCUUCCGAAAGCUGCAGACCACCAGCAACGCCUUCAUCGUGAACGGCUGCGCCGCGGACCUCAGCGUCUGCGCCCUCUGGAUGCCACAGGAGGCGGUGCUCGGGCUCCUGCCCACCGGCUCGGCGGAGCCCCCCGCGGACUGGGACGGCGCCGGCGGCAGCUACCGCCUGCUGCGGGGAGGGCUGCUAGGCCUCGGGCUCACCGUGUCCCUCCUGUCCCACUGCCUGGUGGCCCUGAACCGCUACCUGCUCAUCACCCGGGCGCCUGCCACCUACCAAGCGCUGUACCAGCGGCGCCACACGGCGGGCAUGCUGGCGCUCUCCUGGGCGCUCGCCCUGGGCCUCGUGCUGCUGCUCCCGCCCUGGGCGCCGCGGCCCGGUGCCGCGCCCCCGCGCGUCCACUACCCGGCGCUGCUGGCCGCCGCGGCGCUGCUGGCGCAGACGGCGCUGCUGCUGCACUGCUACCUGGGCAUCGUGCGCCGCGUGCGCGUCAGCGUCAAGCGGGUCAGCGUCCUCAACUUCCACCUGCUGCACCAGCUGCCCGGCUGCGCCGCCGCCGCCGCCGCCUUCCCGGGCGCCCCGCACGCGCCGGGCCCGGGGGGAGCCGCGCACCCGGCGCAGGCCCAGCCCCUGCCGCCCGCGCUGCACCCGCGGCGGGCGCAGCGCCGUCUCAGCGGCCUGUCGGUGCUUCUGCUCUGCUGCGUCUUCCUGCUGGCCACGCAGCCGCUGGUGUGGGUGAGCCUGGCCAGCGGCUUCUCGCUGCCCGUGCCCUGGGGCGUGCAGGCGGCCAGCUGGCUCCUGUGCUGCGCCCUGUCCGCGCUCAACCCGCUGCUCUACACGUGGAGGAACGAGGAGUUCCGUCGCUCGGUGCGCUCCGUCCUGCCCGGCGUCGGCGACGCGGCGGCGGCCGCCGCUGCCGCCACGGCCGUGCCCGCGGUGUCCCAGGCGCAGCUGGGCACCCGCGCCGCCGGCCAGCACUGGUGACCCGGCGGAGCCCCGAGGGAAGCGGAGAUGCCGAGAUGCCGACGUCAGCGUGGCCUCCUGCUCUCGUCAAGUACCCUCUGCCUGAA